AUGCAUUAUGAUUCCAUUCCUGAAAAGGAUUCCACUGAAAACUCGGCCCAUAAUGUUACAACCAAUAAACAGCAAGGUGAUAAAAGUGCUAGAUCUUCCAAGGGAAAAGGUAAGGGGCAAAACCGGUUUCUCUAUGAUCAUUGUGAUCGUGAUGGGCAUUCAAAGGAUAGGUGUUGGGUCCUACAUCCCCACCUUCGGCCAAGUAAGGAUAAAAGCCAAGAUGCCAAGGUGGCUGUUCAAACCAAUACCACUGAUUUCCAAUCCAAGCUUGAGACCUUAGCACACCAGUUCCAACAAUUACUUCAGACACAUGGAACGACCUCUUCUGGCACUGCCGGGCCUACCACUGAGUCUGGAAACAUGGUCAAGACAUCUGGUAAUGCUCAUGCUCUUAAUGCUUUCUCUAAAAAUUGUUUCAUUAUUGAUUCUGGUGCUAUUGACCAUAUGUGUGGUUCCCCAUAUAUGCCUUUUAACACUGCCACUAGUACUUCAUAUCCUCCUAUUACUGUGGCUAACGAAGUGCAGGACCACGUCACUAGGAAGAUGAUUGGUGAAGAACAGCUUCAAAAUGGUCUCUACACUGUUGAUCUUCAUAAUGAUGCUUUUGUUGCCAGGAAAAGUGCUGCGGAGACUUCUACAUUGUGGCAUUUGCGCAUGGGUCACCCAGCUGACAAGAUUUUAGCUACUCUUGAUAUUUCUUUGACUCAUGAUUCUAGUACUUGUGAUCCAUGUCAUUUUGCUAAACAACAAAGACUUCCUUUCUCUCAAAGUACCCGUAUAUCUAUUGAGUUAUUUGCUUUAGUACACUCAGAUGUGUUACGCACAGACAACGGGAUUGAAUACACCAAUGGACUGUUCCAAUCUGUGUUAUAUAGCUUGGGUAUUAUUCACCAAACUUCUUGCUUUGGCACCCCACAACAGAAUGGAGUUGCUGAGCGCAAGAAUCGGCACCUGCUUGAAGUAACCAGGGCUUUGUUAUUCUCUGGCCAGUUACCCAAGUCUUAUUGGUCUGAUGCUGUUCUCACAAGUUGCUAUCUCAUUAAUCGCCUUCCUAGUAAGGGGGAGUACAGUGACUAUAAGGAUCUCUCUGUUGAAUUUGAUCCUGCACCAGUUCCCCUUCCCGUUGAUGGUCUUCAACAGCAUGAUGAUUCCGAAAAUGAGAGGAUUGAAAUUAAGAACCAGGGUGUUCAGGGUGUUGAAAAUCAGCCUAAUACAAAGGACAGAGACGUAAUUGAGCCUGAAGCAUCUGUUCCUGUUCCCACUCUUGCUCCUGUGCGCAAGUCAACACGUAUCUCCAAGCCAUCAACUCGGCUUCGAGAUUUUUCUACUUAUUAUGCUGUUCAACAUCCCAUCCAGGAGUGCAUUAGUUAUGACAAAAUUUCUCCUAAGUUCUUGAGUUUUUUGUCAACAAUUGAGAAUCAUAAAGAACCGGCCAGUUUUGAAGAAGCAAGUAAACAACUUGUUUGGGUUAAUGCCAUGAAGGAUGAGCUCCAAGCUCUUAACCGAAAUCAUACCUGGGAAUUGGUUCGUUUACCAACUGGCAAGCACACUGUUGGUUGUCGUUGGAUCUAUAAAAUCAAGUACAACAGUGAUGGAUCGGUUGAGAGAUACAAGGCAUGGCUUGUUGCCAAAGGAUAUACCCAAACCUACGGGGUCGACUACAGAGAAACAUUUGCCCCAGUUGUGAAAAUGAACACUGUUCGUGUACUCAUGUCUGUGGCAGUCAAUUGUGGAUGGUCUCUCUUCCAAAUGGACGUAAAAAAUGCGUUCCUUCACGGAGACCUUGAAGAAGAAGUGUAUAUGGAUCUCCCACCAGGUCAUGCAUUACCGAACCAAGAUGGGAUGGUUUGCAAACUCAAAAAUUCUAUAUACGGACUUAAACAGUCCCCUCGUGCGUGGUACGAUAAACUUAGCGCUGCUCUCAUCAGAUUUGACUUCCGAAGAUGA